AUACCACGUAGAUACAGUCCGAAUACAAAAAUUCUCAUUAAAGCAAUUGUCUAUUUAUUUACAGCUAUAUGUAAUGACCAAUAAUAUUCACAGAGAGUUCUCAUACAGAAAAAUGGGUUACUCAAGACCAUUGCUUUUCUUCAUUCUUCCUAUUAUCUUGGGCCUUCAUGCUCCCGCCAUAGCCGAUGACGUUGAUAACGGCGUAUGCACUACGACGGCCGACUACUGCUGGAGCUGUUCCGGUACUAAUGAAACCUUCAACAAUGGCAGCAACUACGAACGAAACCUCCACACUGUCCUCUCCUCUUUCUCUUCCAACAAAACCGAAAUCAACUCUGGGUUUUACAACUCUUCUCUCGGACAAGGCCCCGAAAAAGUCAAUGCAAUGGCACUAUGCAGGGGAGACGUUCCCCUAAACGACUGUCACACAUGUUUCAAUGAGUCCAUUUCCAUUCUCCGGCAGAACUGCACCAAUCAAAAGCAAGCGACCAUAUGGGCACAGCGCUGCACGGUACACUACUCGAACGUCUCAAUUUUCGGUGUUGCGGAAGAUGAUCCGGUUAAGUUUGUGCCCGGCCCGACUAACGCACCAAACGCUGAGCAGUUCAAGCAGGUGCUCAACCCCUUGGUGGUGAAUUUAAGUGGGACAGCUGCAGCAGGAGACUCCAUGAAAAAAUUUGCAGCUGGACAUGCACUUGUCCCUGCAACAAAUCAAACCAUAUACGCAAUAGUCCAGUGUACCCCUGAUUUGGACCGACAAAAUUGCAGUGAGUGCCUUGAUGAGGCCAUCUCGGAUAUCCCACAAUGUUGUGAAGGAAAGGAAGGAGGGAGAGUCCUUAGACCCAGCUGUAAUUUGAGGUUUGAGAGCAAUCUUUUCUAUGACGCAGCAUCUGAUUCCCUAGUAAAUCUUCCAGGCAAACAAGGAAAUAAUACAGGAAAUGGUACGAGUAACAUAACAACCAAAGUAUCACCAUCAUCGUUCUUGGGAUUGCUAUUGUCGCUAUGCUUGUCAUCGGCAUUCGCAUUUUCUUAAGAGUGUGGAAGCGAUUGGUGAAAAUGCAUGUUCAAUUUUGUUUCAUUUUUGACAUACAUUUAGCAAGUGUAAUAUUUGUUGGCAUGUACCUGAAUUUGUAUCCAUUAAGACCAAUAUAAUACGGCUUGCUCUGCAUUUCUUUUCAAUAAUCUCGGGUUAAUGACAUAUAUAAUUUCGUUUCAAUAUUUGAGUUCUUUUUAA